UCAGACUCAUAGAUACUUUUAUGCAUACAUACGCGGCUGUCGAUUUUCCAUUGCGACAUUGCAGCGAAGAAUGUAGCAAAUUUACAUGGCGUGGAUUAGCUCGUUAAAGUAUUUCACAUCGAUGUCGUAAAAAAAUCUGGUAUUUCCCGCUAAAAUAAUAUUACGCCAUUCGUUAUGUCAUUGAAUAACGAUUGCGACAAGGACCGUCAUACUAUGGCGUCAUUAAGAGAAUGACGUAGUUGUCCGUAUUGUAUAUAAAACCAACUCGGUUUCCUCAGACUGGUCACAAAUCAUCAAGAACAAAACUGCACGCUUCAGCGACUCGAUUCAAAAUGGUAUUGACGUUUUAUUGGCAUCCCCUAAGCCCGCCGGCUAAAGUUGUUUGGUCGGUGUUAGAAGCCCUUGCAAUCCCAUACGAAAAGAAAUACAUUGAUCUUUUAGGAAAAAAGGAUCAAAAAAGUCCAGAAUAUUUAGCAAUCAACCCUGAAGGCAAAGUACCGUAUAUUGUUGAUGGGAAUUUUGGGCUAGGAGAAAGUCGGGCUAUCAUUUGCUAUCUUUGCUCAAAAUAUGAGAAAAAUGACGAAGAAAAGAAACUAUAUCCGACAGAAUUGAACGCACAGUUCAAAGUCAACGAAUCGCUCUUCCAAGAUUUCCAGUUCUUUACAAAUAUUUUGGAAUAUUUCAAUAUCGUUGGAGUUCUUUUUCGUGGAGAAACGGGUCCAAUUCCUGGACGAUGGCCUGCGAUAGAAGACAUCUAUAUUCGUUUAGAAAGAAGACUUACACAACAAGAAUAUAUGGUGUCAGAUUAUAUUACCGUUGCAGAUUAUUCCGCGUUUGCUGUCGUUGCUGGUAUCGAAUAUCUUCUUGCUGAGCUAAAUUUUGACAAAUAUCCACGCCUUCUAGAAUGGAAAAAGAAAAUGGAAGAAAUACCCGCUGUUGCUUUUUGUUAUGGAGAUUCUGUGGCAAAGUUUAGAAAAAUGUUCGAUGGAAUUGUGGCUGCAAACAAAGAAAAAAAUGCAAACUAA